AUGGCGGACGAGUACGAUUUGUUUGCGUUAGAAGAUUUGGAAAUACUUGAAAUGAUUGAACGCAGGCCUCGAACUAGACCAAACAGGCAGAGCAAUGAUUUAUAUGAUAAAGAUGAGGUGGAUUUUAGAAAAAGAUAUCGGUUCAACAAAGAAACUGUGUAUCAUCUGAUAUCAACCCUGCAUCUAGAAUUGGAAUCGGAGACAACAAGAAAUGAUGCACUUUCUGCCGCCGAGAAAAUUCUUGCUGCUCUCCGAUUUUAUGCGACGGGGACAAUCCAAUUGAAUAUUGGUGAUUUGAACAAAAUAAGUCAACCAUCAGCGUGCAAUGCAAUCAACGAAGUUUCAAAAAGUCUUGCUUCCCUUUCUGGGCAGUACAUUUACUUGCCACAGACAGAAGAAGAGAGAUUACAGGUCAGCCAAAAAUUUUUUGAAAAAUUUGGGUUUCCAUCAGUGAUUGGUGCACUAGACUGCACGUUGAUAAGAAUUAAAAGCCCAGGAGGAGAACGAGCUGAAACUUAUAGAAGUAGGAGAGGGAAGUUUUCCUUGAAUGUCCAAACUGUCAGCGAUGCAGACCUGUUAAUAAGGAACCUUGUAGUGCGAUGGCCUGGCAGUACACAUGACAGUACGAUAUUCGACCAUUCUUAUUUGCGCGCACAUCUCGAAACUGAAGUCCCUAACAGAUACCAUGUGUUAGGUGAUCUCGGUUAUCCGCUUCGUUCAUACCUGAUGACACCAUUUUCAGCUCCAGCUACUGAUGGCGAGAAAAGGUACAACGAAGCACAGAUUUUGGCCAGAAAUGUUGUGGAGAGGCAAUAUGGUGUUUGGAAGAAAAGAUUUGCAUGUAUUGCGGAAUCAAUGCGAUGUCAGUUACAGAAUUCUCAAACAAUUAUUGUUGCCACAGCGGUGUUGCAUAAUAUUGCAAUCAUACUAGGUGACAGUUAUGAUGAAGGUAAUUUCGCACCUGGUGUUCAUGAUGGACCUGUAAAUCAUAAUACACAUCAUGCAGGCGUGGCCAAGCGUAAUGCAAUAGUUGCAAAUUAUUUUUAAUUAUUUUGUAAAUAUUUAGUUUCUUCUUUAUUUGUUAUUUUUCUUCAACUAUAUUAGCAUCGGCUAAAGAAAAAAUUUACUUUGGUUCCUUCCUAUCCCACAUGUCCAU